CUGACGGGAAAUGUAGGAGGCGCUAGCUGGACCUUUGCUGGGUACUGUUUAGUUUUAAGCCACUGUUGACUUUAUUUAAACCAGUCAAUUGUGUUUUAAUGACCAACUAAAUACGGGUAGUCUAUAAAAGGAUGUGCUAUUGUAAUUCGGCGAACGACCGGGUCGUUGUAACGUAGCUGAAAUCAGGCUGUUUCGCUAGCAACACAGAGGUCGAAGAACUACAGCUACUACACUUGUGAGCGCAUUUUCAUUAAAAAAUGAAGAAAACGUUUUAACAGCUCCAGGCAGACACGGCUCCAACAGACAUAAAAGCGCGAGACUCAUUAUGACGUCACUAUUGAGCUCAUUGUUAAUCUCAGUAACGAGCAGGAGGCUCUGUGCACACGGCUUCGGUCUGAGGCGUUUGUUUGCAGCUGAAGGUGCAGCAGCUUCAUCAAGGCCUCUUCCUAGAAAAUCAGACUCUCCCUGGCAGGAUGGAGCUCGAGGACUUUUCUCCCGUGGCGGCGGUUCAGAGGUCAAGCAGAUGACCUUGGAAGACGUCGCCAAACGCAUUAGAGAGCGACAGCACAAGAGGGUGGUGGUGAUGGCCGGAGCUGGGAUCAGUACACCGAGUGGCAUUCCGGAUUUCAGGUCUCCUGGCAGCGGUCUCUAUGACAACCUGCAGCAGUACAAUCUCCCCUACGCUGAGGCCAUAUUCGAGAUUGGCUUCUUCCAUCAAAACCCAAAACCGUUCUUUACCCUUGCCAAAGAGCUGUACCCGGGAAACUACCGGCCCAACCUGGCCCACUACUUUGUACGUCUGCUUCACCAGAAGGGUCAACUCCUCCGCAUGUACACGCAGAACAUCGACGGGCUGGAAAGACUAGCAGGAAUUCCUCCAGAGAUGCUAGUUGAGGCCCACGGCACGUUUGCCACGGCCACCUGCACCGUCUGCCUCAGAAACUACAAGGACAAUGACCUACGAGCAGACGUCAUGAGUGGGACGGUCCCCAAAUGUCCCGUCUGUAAGGGCGUGGUGAAGCCUGACAUUGUGUUUUUCGGGGAGGAGCUUCCGCGGCAUUUCAUGAAGUACCUGACCGACCUCCCGCUCGCUGACCUGCUCAUCGUCAUGGGCACUUCACUGGAGGUGGAGCCGUUCGCCAGUCUGGCAGGGGCAGUGCGCAGCUCCGUUCCCCGUCUGCUCAUCAACAGGGACUUGGUGGGGCCUUUUGCCCGGAGACGGCGGCGCCAGGACGUCGUGCAGCUGGGCGACGUGGUCAGCGGCGUGCGGGCCUUGGUCGACGCCCUCGGCUGGACGCAGGAGCUGGAAGCUCUGAUGGCUGCAGCUGCGGAGGAGGAAGCUGUGACAAAGACGGAGGAAUGAUGUCAUCGCACCGCAUCAACAUACACACUCUCUCACACACACACACACACACACACGACCUGCACAUUUGAGGAUCCGGCAGAAACACAGGGGACGUCAUAAUGUGAAGGGAACGCGCCGACAUGGCAAAUAAGUGGAAAACAGACUGGACGACUCCGGUGGAUGGACGACAGUAACUCAACAUAGGGGAAGAUUUCACCAACAAUAAACCAUUGGCCUGGAAGCUUGGAUGCAAGCGGUAAAGAGGCUAAAGGGAGAGUUCAGGUUUACGCACGUGGAGAACCACCCCGAGACACGGACGUCAGCUGACUGGAAACAUGGUGGCAGUAGAAGCAGCUGCAGAAUCUCUCACGUGAUAAGUGGUUAAAAUCCUUGCUGGCAGCCAUGUUGUCGUGCAUGUCUCACUGCUGCCAACGUGUGAGUGCCUCAUACGACCUGAACCGUCGCUUCAACUGAAAGCGUCAGUUUUUCCGGGUUAAACCACCAUCCUGUCCCCGGGGGGAAAAAAAGGCCUGUGGUCGUCAGCAGCAGCAGCAGCGGCGGAAGCAUUUCUUGAAGAACUUCUUGAACUCCGUGUUGAAGAUGGUGUAGAUGAUGGGGUUGAGAGCGCUGUUGACGUAGCCCAGCCAGGUGACGGUGCUCACCAGGCCGGCGGGGAUGCUGCAGCUCAAACACAUGGCUCGCGUCGUGUGGACGACGAAAAACGGCGUCCAGCAGAACAGGAAGCAGCCUGUGUGAAGACAGGAGGAGAGAGAGACGUUCAACUCUGACGCCAACUCUGCCUAAUGCCCAAUUAUGAAAAAUGCCAAGAAACGGGCUAGCAGCUAAACCGAAGCUGAGUUUAAUCCAUGCUCAUUAAGUCAUAUAACUCUAAAAAAACAAAAAACAAAAACACCAAAAACUUUUUCACAUUUGGAUUCUAACAAAAUGUCUGGAAAAUUAAAAAUCUUUUUUUUUUUUUUCCCCCCAAAGAAAAAUCUAUAACAAAACUUAUAGAAAAAACAAAAAGUACAUGGUGAAACUUGACAGUGGAUUCAUGAAUUGUCUCUGGGUGCUUCUUCACUGUGAAACAAAGUGCAUCAUGCAUCACACACACCAAACUGUGAAGUAGCUGUUAAUUAACUUUCCUAAAAUAAAGUUCACCUGCAGUCUUUUACUCCUUCAUCCCUCACAGGCUCACACGUUAACAGAUUUCUUUACACACAAUUUUUCAGUCUAUAUCCUGAUAUACAGUAUGUGCCACGCACAAGCUUCUCAAAGAGUUAGAGUGAAGAUAUACUGUAAAAUAAAAUAUCUGUUGUUGUUUUUAAAAUACACAUAUAAUUACCUUUCAUUUCAGAGCCUACCUGCUUCAUUUCUUUGGCUUCUUAACGUUAGUUUAAGGAAAUUUUACGCGUGUUGGAAACAACAAAAUGGACUGGAAAUAUGGUCAAAUUCAACACAAAUAUCCCAUUAUCCAAAGACCUAAAGAUCCUAAGACCACAUCUUGUAUUCAUAUCACGAUAUAGACCAGGAGUGUCAAACUCAAAUGACCUGGGGUCAAUGAGCAGCUAGUCUGAUCAAGAGGGGGCUGGUCUAAAGAAAAAAAAACAAAAUAAUGUCAUUCAGAAAAAAGUGUCAAGGUGGAACUGAACAUACACCGUUUUUAUGUUUUGCAAUUUUUAUUUUCCGCAACACAACAGCCCUAACACACACACACACACACACACUGACACACAACUUGAUUUCACUGUGUUUUAGAGCCAUUUUAAGAGUUUUAAGCAGAUUUUUAAACACCUGACAUUUUCACAUAGUCCCAUAACCUAGUCGCCGUAAGGACAUCAGAGCAGAAUUAAGUCUGUGAAUGGGAGACAAUGGGCGUGUCUGUAAGAUCACGUGCCGCUCAAUAAUUGGAUUGAAGUUUUUAAGCUCUCGUUGAGAGGCAGCCGGUCAGCAGGGGUCAGCGGGGGUCAGCAGGGUGUCACAGCCUCCUGAGCUACAACAGGCAACUGCAGCAACUGUAUGUGACGCGAGUGCAAAAACACCGUCACAGUGACGUCUGUACUACAACAGUUUCUAAUAUUUUCUAAUAGUUUGGGAUUUUUGACUUUUUGUUUUUAAAAUGAGUUUGUUUUAAUUAGAUGUUGUUUUGCAGAUGCUUAGUUUAGUGUUAGUUUUAGUAAACUGUAAUAAACUGAAGUGUAAAGCAAAUGAUCUAGCUACAUAUACAAGUACACAUGUAUAACAUGUAACAUUAGCAGGCAAUGUAGUGGAAUGUGUAAUAUGGAUUAUUUGCCAGGUGCAAAGAGGUCAUGAUAAGUAUUGUGUCAUAAAAUAUAACAGUCUACAAGAAAUUAACCUAAAGUGCAAAAUGUGCAUCAUCACGCUGAGGUCGUACGCAGUUAGUGUGAGAGGAAACAACGUAACAAAUGUUAUGUUUAACUUGAAUAACCUUAUUUAUGUCCCACAUUGUAAAC